AUGUCUCCACAUCAUCUAUUAAUUCUGCUCUUGCUCAUUUUCUUGCUGGUUGGCAUUCAAAUCCAACACACAAACCAGCAGGAAAUUAAAUUUAUCAGAAAAUCAUCACUGAUACAUCAGGAAAUAUCAUCAGAUCAAUGGCAACUAUCUAUAGAUGAUGAUCAAGCCUAUUUAAUGGAAGAAACAGAUUGGACACUCUCCGAUCACUAUUUUACACAUUGUUGGAAUACCACUCGAUUGAUGAGAGAUGAUUUGUAUUAUGAUAGGAUGUUUACGAUGGGAGAGGAGAUUCCAUCUUCAUUCGGAUGUACUUCUAUUCGAUUACCAACUGUUUAUGAAUAUUAUCCAUAUAAUAGGAAAUCAAUUUAUAAUUCAGAAUUGAGAAAUAUUGGAUUGGAGGAUGAGGCAUUAUGUUCGAGAGUUGCUGAUUGGGAAAGAAAUUUAAAUGUGAGCUGUCAGACAUUAUUGUGUGAAAUGGAUGGGAAAAGUGAAGGAUAUUCAGAUUUGAAUGCAAUGAUUAGACAAAGAACUGAUUCAAAGACUAGAAUUGAAGAUUGGGUUAAUUAUUGUCAAUAUUGUAAAGUGGAUAAUUUGAGGAAAUAUAGGGAAGAAAAGAAAUGUAAUCCCAAAGAUGAAACUGCCAAUUUUUUAAUUAGAAAGUUUCCAAACUCUGCAUUCUUUUGUGGAUUUCACCAAUUUGGAAUACCCUUCAUUAUUAAUACGUCGAGAAUUGUUGAUUUAUCAGUGCCUCUGGAACAUACUGAUUUUUCAUUCAUUUGCUAUUGUAGAGAGAGUCAGGCCUUUCACUUUAAAUGUCCAGAUGUGACAACUGAAUUUGAGUUGAAAACUGAAUAUUUUGCAUUUUUACUCACAAUAUUUAACAGUGUUUCGAUAAUAUCUACGUUAGUAUUACCAAAAGGAUUUUCAAUGAUUAAGGAUCGCAAAAUUAAUUGGAACAUGUUGACAGCUAUUUUCAUGCUAAGUGCACAAUGUGUAUUUGCAGGAUUUUACUUGUACAAGAUCAUUUCUGAGGAGCAAUAUUCAAAGGGAAUUGUUUUUUUUGAGUGUGGAUUUGGUUUGGCAAAUUUUGCCCUUAUUUCAUGGCUAAUUGAAUUUCACAAAUUUAUUCAUUAUGUGAGAACGAAAGUAAUCUAUAAGAAAUCUCUGAUAAUAUUGCGAUUGGUGAUAUUUACAAGUUUAUCUCUCAUUAUAUUGUUACCAACACUUCUCAUUGCUAACUUGGUUCAAUUUAAAAAGAGAAAGAUUACAUUUAUAUUCCUCCAAUUUUAUUUUGGUUCAUUUGAAAUUGUAACAUUGAUUUCCUUAAUAGUGGGAUCAAUAAUUAUUUACAGAGCUAUGAAGCAAAUUUCAGAUAUCGAUAUUUGGAAAACAAAAGUAAGUUUCAACACAAGGAUAACUUGUUAUAUCAACACUAUUCCAACAGUUCUUAAAGUUUACAUUACUCGCUGGUCUACUUUUAUUGCUGAUAACAAUUUGUAA